AUGGCCGGAGACUCAGCACCCAGGGAGGCGACCCGCGAGGAGAUGCGGGAUGCCAAACUCCCCCUCGCCUACCGUGACAGCUGCGCCGGCCUCCUCAUCCCCCUCAACCGAUGCCGUGCCGAGAGCUGGUACCUGCCCUGGAAGUGCAAUGUUCGUUGCCCCGGUGUUCCUCGACCCGCCGUCCGCCGCGUUUUCCAGUUGCCGAACCGUUCCGACGAGCGCCACAGCUACGAGAAGUGCCAGUACGACGAGUUCAAGAAGCGUGUCGCCAAGAUGAACGAGCUCCGCGCGGAGAAGGGUACGAGAAGCAACUAA